CAUUAACUAGAAGAGGGGCUAAUUCAUUCCACCAAAGUCAACCUUUUCGGACCACUCUAUAGCAAUGGACAGACACAGAUUUCUCCAUCGUUGACGAUGAACAGACAAAAGGAAGUCAACUUUCCCUGUUGUCUUCCUUGUUCAACGAGACACAGAAGCAGAGCAACGAGAAGGACAGAAAGUGAAGCAGAGCAACGAAAAUCUUUUGAGAAAUGCCGCCAAGAUCAUGUCUUGUCCUCUCCUCUUCGUUCUUGUUCUUCUUCUUCGUCUUCAUCGUCCCGCAGAGAUCUUUCGCCUGCCCAGAUGAUCAGAAACAAGCCCUUCUCGAGUUCAAGUACUCGCUAAUCGAAACCAUCAAGAACGAAUCCACGACAGAUGUGUUCUUGGGGGACAUAGACACAUGGGUUCAGAACUCAGAUUGCUGCCGAUGGAAGCUUGUUAGAUGCGACACUCGUUCGCCUGCAAGGGAAGUGGUAGGCCUGGAUCUGUACUCACUCGAUCUCUCUGGCUCAGUGAGUUCAAAUCUUCUGAUUCCGAUCCUGCGUAUCAAUUCUCUUGUGGAGCUCGAUGUUUCGUCUAAUUCGAUACAAGGAGAGAUUCCUAGACAUGGGUUUGUGAACUUGACGAGGCUCGUGUCUCUUGACAUGAAAGACAAUGGUUUCAACGGUUCUGUCCCUCCUGAAUUGUUUUCCUUGAGGAAUCUUCAGCAUCUUGAUUUGAGCAGAAAUGUUAUCGGUGGGACGUUAAGCGGUGACAUCGAAGAGCUCAAGAAUCUGCAGGAACUGAUCUUGGAUGAGAAUCUUAUCCAAGGAGAGAUUCCUCCAGAGAUAGGCAACCUUACCGAGCUAAGGAAGCUGUCGUUGAGGCAGAACAGAUUCUCCGGUCAGAUACCAGUGUCUAUAUUACAGCUUAUCAAGUUGGAAACGUUUGAUCUUCAGAACAAUUCCUUGUCGUUCAAGAUUCCAGACGGGAUUGGGAACUUGGUGAAUCUUUCAACUCUGUCCCUGAGGAAGAACAAUCUGUCUGGUGAAAUCCCGUCGACCAUUCAGAAACUAUCGAAUCUUGAAACUCUUCACCUCGAGGAUAACAAUCUCUCGGGCGAGAUCCCGGCAUGGCUGUUUGGACUUGAGAAGCUCAAGAUACUGCGGCUUGGAGGCAACAACUUUCAUUGGAACAACAAUGCUUCAGUGGUUGCAAAAUGCAAGUUAAUGCAGUUGUCACUUAGAUCUUGUGGCUUGAAGGGUCCGAUCCCGGAUUUGCUCAAGAAUCAAACCGAUCUUCUCCACUUGGAUUUGAGCGAAAACGAGCUCGAAGGUAUCUUUCCGAAAUGGUUGGCUGAUCUGGAGAUCGGAACCGUAAUCUUGUCAGACAACAAACUCACUGGUUCACUGCCUCCGAGCUUGUUUCAAACUCUGAACUUGUCGGUUCUUUCACUCUCAAGAAACAAAUUUUCUGGUCAGAUUCCCGAGACAAUCGGCGACACGAGAUCUGUAAUGAUACUAAUGCUGUCUGAAAACAACUUUUCCGGACCAGUACCCAAGUCCAUUUCAAACAUCUACAGGCUGCUGCUACUGGACUUGUCAAAGAACAGCUUCUCUGGUGAGUUCCCGAGAUUUGAUCCCGAGUCAUUGCUCGCGUUUGUUGACAUAUCUUCGAAUAAAUUCUCCGGUAACGUUCCUACCGGUUUCGGGUUAAACACCAUAAUGCUGUCAAUGAGCCAGAACAGUUUCAGCGGUGAACUCCCUCAGAACUUCAGCAAUCUCGCAUUUCUCGAGCAUCUUGACCUUCAUGACAACAGAAUCUCCGGGAAGAUUCCGAGUUUCAUCUCACGGCUAUCCUCUCUCGAGGUAUUUAACCUCAGAAACAAUUCCUUGGAAGGUCCGAUCCCAGAGGGCAUAUCGAAUCUAACCAGGCUAAGGAUCUUGGAUCUUUCUGAGAACAGUCUUGAUGGACCGAUCCCUCCA